AUGGCUUCAAUCACGGCGGCACAUCACACCACCACUUCCAUGGUGGUGUCAAUAGCAUGUCUGGUGUUGGUUGCUCUUCUUUCAAUUCCAGCCUUCUAUCAACAUCUCCGCCGAAUUCGAGCAAAGAAGGAUCAACAUCAAGAUCUGUCCGACCACUACCACGACGACGAUGGAGUGGCGACCGAAGAAUCUGAAGAAGCCUACUCCGACUUCUUUCCACGGCUAAUACUUAUCCUCCUGUCUACCGUCGCUUCUCUUGACGCUCUGGUUACUGCUGUCUUAACGACUACUCGUCCUCACGUAUCCCUCACGUUCGAGCAAUGGCUUCAAUUCGCAACUUGGUUGCUGGUGCUCUUCCAAGCAGUGGCGAUUCUCAUGACACCGAGUUCUCUACAACGGUACAAUCUAGGCAUUUUCUCAGGUGGAUCGACCUUGUUCAUCACGAUCGCGGUCGCUGCGGACAAUAUUUCACUAUGGCAAUCCAAGAUCAACCCUCUCCCACGAAACGCUCAUCUGACCCUAUCAAUCGUUCAAUUCGUCUGUGGAGUACUUCUUGUCUUUGCAAGUCUCUCGAUCCCACGGCGUCCAGAUGUUUACUGGAAUGAAAAACUCGUCGAUCGCCAAAAUACCGUGUCUGUACUGGGCAAAUUUACCUUUUCCUGGCCGUCCCCAAUUCUCGCAUUCGCAGCCAGGAACAAAGGUCUCGACUAUGAUGAUUUACCCGAAAUAGAUCAUGAGAUGCGUUCCCGGGAAUUGAGAGAGCGGUUUGAAGCUGUGGGACGAAAAGACAAGUUAUGGAAGACUCUCUUCUGGUCCCAUAAAUGGGCUUUCAUCCAACAAUGGACACUCCAGGCAAUUUGCUCCAUCACCAACUUUCUCCCUCAAAUUGCACUUUACUACAUCCUACGCACCCUCGAAGCCCGAGAUGAAGGAGAGAAUGUCGCUCUCCAGUCAUGGCUCCUGGUGAUAGGUUUGGGGGCAUCGGUCACGUUUUCAUCAUGGCUCGAAGCUUGGAUGUUCUUUGUCGUCUUCAUGAAAGUCGGCGUCCCCAUCUACGAACAAUUAUCGGCCGUGGUAUUCGGGAAGGCAAUCAGACGAAAGGACGUGAAAGGUUCCGGAAAGAAAAAAGAAGAUGUCGGAGCCAACGGGGAAGCCUUGAAUGGUGAAAUCGUUGUCAACAAAGAUGCUGGUCAGAAAGGAGGAGAUCGUGCACCCGAAGGGGAGGAAGAUGAUGAUUACCAAAAAUCCAGACAAAGUACCAUCAAUUUGGUUGGUGUCGAUUCGAAAAGAAUCGCCGACUUCGCCACAUUCAACUAUAUUUUUCUGGGAUCUGUCAUCAAAUUGAUCUUUGCUCUGGGGUUCUUGUCGAAAUUGAUCGGACCUAUCCCUCUGAUUGCUGGACUGGCAGCUCCAGCCCUCAUCACACCAAUCAACGUCAUCGCUGCUCAACGAUAUGCAACCGCUCAAGAUAAUCUCAUGAAGCAUCGCGAUCAGAAAAUGGCAGUGGUGACCGAAGCCCUCCAGGGAAUCCGCCAAAUCAAAUUCAGUGCUCUCGAAAGGAACUGGUAUGAAAAAAUUCUCGAAACCAGAAGGAGAGAGUUGAAAACUCAAUGGCAGGUUUUCACUUAUGAUACCACUUUGAUCAGCAUCUGGAUAUUUGGUCCCGUGAUGCUCUCUGCUGUGUCCUUGACCACAUACGCUCUCAUCUACAAAGGAUUGACCGCGUCGAUAGCCUUUACGACGAUUUCUGUCUUUGAAGAAAUUGAGAUGACAUUGGCCAUAAUACCGGAAAUGGUCACGGACCUCCUCGAUGCCAUGGUUUCAGCCAAUCGAGUUCAAGAGUACCUUGAUGCACCUGAACGAACAGAAGAUACCAAGCCGGGCCAAACGGUUUCGUUCGAGAAUGCGACGAUUGCUUGGCCGUCCGACGAUCCGGAGCAAGAAGAAGAUCAAUUUACUUUGAGCAAUCUCAAUCUUGAAUUUCCCCCAAAUCAACUGAGCGUCAUCUCUGGUCGAACUGGAUCCGGAAAGAGUUUGCUUCUCGCCUCAAUCAUUGGCGAGGCCGAUGUCCUUGAUGGCGUCCUCCAUGUGCCCAAAGCACCUACCGCCGCUGAGCGAUAUGACGCUAAGGCCAAUAAAAGUAAUUGGUAUAUUGAUUCGGCCAUAGCCUUCGUGGCUCAAAUUCCUUGGAUCGAAAAUGCGACGAUUCGAGAAAAUAUUCUGUUCGGUCUUCCUCUCGACAACGAUCGCUAUCAGAAGGUUCUUCAUGCAUGUGCCCUAACGAAAGACUUGGAGAUGCUCCAGGAUGGUGAGCUUACAGAUAUUGGUGCGAACGGGAUCAACCUUAGUGGUGGUCAGAAAUGGCGAGUAUCAUUCGCACGGGCUUUGUAUUCAAGAGCUGGGAUUCUCGUCCUAGAUGAUAUCUUUUCCGCAGUCGACGCACACGUUGGAAGACAUUUGUUUGAAGACGCAUUGACUGGCGAACUGGGACAGGGUCGGACCAGAAUUCUGGUCACGCAUCAUGUUGCUCUCUGUUUACCGAAAACCAACUACAGCGUUCUCCUCUCCAACGGCACGGUUGAGCAAGCUGGGAAAACGGAGGACUUACGACGCAGCGGGAAACUGAAGUCCAUUCUCGCUCAGGAUGUCGACGAAGGUGGAGAAGAAGCUGAGAAAGAUCAAACUCUAACCGUCGACGAUGGUGGUGGUCUCCAGAAAAUGUUGACCAACCAAUCUCGUCGUUCGCGCCGGAAGUCCGCCUUGAGCGAUGUUGGCGAGGAAAUCACUCGCCGUCGUUCUCGCACUCAUAUCGAUGACUCCAAACAGAGAAACCCCCCCAAAAAGUUUACAGAAGAAGAGAAGCGAGAAACUGGUGCCAUCAGAUACGAGAUCUACGCGGCAUAUAUUCGAGCAUGCGGUGGACUCGGCUAUUGGUCAUUCAUCCUGGCCAUCUUCGGCUUCUGGAUCGUCGUCUACCUCGCCAGAUCAUACUGGAUCAGUGUUUGGACGCGGUCCUACCGAACCGAGUCAUUCUUCCACCACAGACUCAUGCAGCAAUCCAUCGGUGCAUAUCAACACUUUCAGUCACGACUGGUGGCGACCGAAGUGGACUCGAAUCUGCGAUACUAUCUGGGUGUUUAUCUGGGCAUAUCUCUGGUGGCCUGGUUAGUCGGCACGGUCCGGUACUUCUGUGUUUUCGUGGCUUCGAUUCGAGCGUCGAAGACGCUCUUUGAAAGCCUUACUUUCACCAUUCUCCGAGCACCACUCCGCUGGCUCGACACUGUCCCCUUGGGCCGGAUCCUCAACCGCUUCACAUCGGACUUCAAUAUGCUCGACUCCCGUAUAUCCAUGGACUUGGCCUUCAUGUUGCACAACAUGAUGCACGUCCUGUCUGUCGUGAUCGCCGGACUCUUUGUCUCACCAUAUAUGAUCGUUUUCGCCUUCGUCUUGCUCUCCAUUUCCAUGUUCUACGCAUUGCGCUACCUCGCUGGUGCUAGAGAGGUGAAAAGACUCGAGAGCAAUGCCAAAUCGCCCGUCUUUGAGCAGUUUGGUUCGGUGCUCAUGGGCAUCGGGACGAUUCGUGCCUUUGACAAGUCUGAUGCGUAUCUGGACAAGAUGUUCGCCCGCAUCGACACACAUUGCCGCGCUUACUGGCACUUGUGGCUCUUCAACCGUUGGAUGGGUUGGCGUUUGAACAUGGUCGGUGCCGUGUUUGCUGCGAUCACGGCCGCCCUCAUUGUGAGCAUUACUACCAUUGAUUCCAGCUUGGCCGGUUUUGCAUUGAGUUUCGCGCUGAGUAUGUCCGAGGGCGUGAUUUGGUUUCUCCGACAGUACUCGAACGUUGAACUGGACAUGAAUGCCACGGAACGAAUUGUCGAAUACAGCAACAUCACGAUCGAGAAUCAAGGCGGGCACGACGCCCCCGCCGCCUGGCCAACAGAGGGUAAUCUCGAAGUCAACGACUUGGUCGUCGCAUAUGCACCGGACCUCCCACCCGUGUUGAAAGGGCUGACAUUCCGCGUGGCGCCCAAUCAGCGAGUCGGCGUCGUGGGACGCACGGGCGCCGGCAAAUCAUCACUAACGCUGGCGUUGUUCCGAUUCCUCGAGGCCCGAAGCGGAAACAUCCUGAUCGACGGCAUCGACAUUGCCAAGAUCAAACUCUACGACCUGCGUUCCCGCCUGGCCAUUAUCCCUCAGGACCCCGUCCUGUUCUCCGGCACCGUCCGCUCCAACCUCGACGCCUUCGAUCGGCAUUCAGACUCCGAACUCCGCGACGCCCUCGCGCGAGUCCAUCUCGUUUCGUCGCCCACGAACAUCUCCUCUACCGCGCCAAGCGGUUGCGCCACCCCCAUUCCCAACGGCACUACUGCUUCUGAAAAUACAAACACCAACACUAACAUUUUCUGCUCUCUUAACUCCAAGAUCUCCGAAGGCGGCCUGAAUCUGUCUCAAGGCCAACGCCAACUCUUGUGCUUAGCGCGCGCCAUCGUCUCGCGGCCCAAAAUCAUGGUCCUCGAUGAAGCGACGUCCGCCGUCGACAUGGAGACUGACGCUCUCAUCCAGCGCUCCAUCCGCGAGGAGUUUACGGAUAGCACAUUACUGGUUAUUGCGCAUAGGCUGAGUACGAUCGCGGACUUUGAUCGGAUCCUCGUCCUGGGAGACGGAAAAGUAUUGGAGUUUGAUGAGCCAGGCGUGUUGCUUGGGAAGGAGAAGGGCGUGUUUAGGGAGAUGGUCGAGUUAAGUGGCGAGAGGGCUGAGUUGGAGAGGAUUAUAAAUAUGGCGAAAAAUGAGUAG